GCACAUUUCUACCGACUUUUUGCCGAACGUGGCAACGGUGUUCAACGGCAAGUGGUGGAUGCGUACACAGAAUUUACAAACAUCUGGUGUUUGUUAUUGUGCACAGUGAAUUUGUUGCGAGUAUUCAAAAAUGUUUUCAGGUUGUUUUAGCGGCAAUUAUAGCAUUGUUAUCAUUGAUAGACAAUUUUCAAAGACAAUGGGACGUCGGAAGUGCAUUCUUUGUGGAGUUAGCAGUGAAAAAAAUGAGGCAACCUUCCACAGAGUCAAAGAAACCAAAGAGCUGUACCUUCUCACAUAUAAGUUAUCUCAAGAUCAUUUGGAAAUUUUCUUCAGUUGUAUAAGAAGCAAAGGAGGAUACAGCAAUAGUCCUACCUCGAAGCAGAUUCAGAAUAUUUUAAAAAAAUUAUUACUUCAUACUGAAAUAACUGGCAAUGAAGCAUCCAAUGUCGUGGCAUUAGAUAGUACAUCCAUCAUCUUUAGAGAUCAAAAUUAG